UACAACAGCGCACUGACCACAGCACUCAUGUGACGCCGUGAUACCGCGCAGGCAACAUGUGCACAUUCACAUUGCCUGUGUGACUUCGAAUGGUGACACAGCGCCUUCCUGGAAUCCAUACGCGCGGAUCCGUGAAGUAACGGAGUUCCUCUGUGGAUAGAGAACCAUGAGUACUGUGGAGGAGGAGCCGGACCACAUGAUACCAUGAAGAGACGCCUGCAGGUCCUGUGCUGGCAGCUGCUGAGUGUUGUAGCGAUCCUGGUCGUGUCAGUGGACCUGGUGUCCUCUGCCCAGGAGCCACAGCCCAGCCGGACCCCCCCGGGCCCUUCCUCCAUGGACUUAGCGAGCAGUGCCCCCCUCCCUGCCCUGCCCCCUGAGCCUCCUGGCUGGCAGGAGGGCUCCAGCAGUGGGGAGCUGUCCGCCCACGGAGGGGGGGUCCGUCACGUCCGGCCCACUGCCUCCCUCAGCACCCCGGGUCAGUCACACUCACAAGCCGACGCACUGGUGCCCGGCACGGCAUCUGCCAGCGCGGCUGUCGACGGUUCUGGCUUUGGAGUGACGAAACAGAAGAUCCGAGGCUCGCCUCAACGUUCUGAUGCCGGAGAUCAGGCCCAGGAGGAGCCUUACGGAGAGACUCUAAACGACGCUCAAAAAAACGAACGCCAUUGCCAGUAGUAAUGACACAGGCGUCCAUGCUGGAUCAACACGCAACACUUCUGGCAAGAAGGACCAGCAGGGUGGGCCGGGUGUGGUCCCUGGCGGGGAGUCGGUGAGCCUGGCAGAGCCUGAGUCGGGCUCCUCGGGAUCUCCGCCCUCUGGGACCGACCUGGGCGCCGGUGGAGGUGGCGCCCCCAGCGUGGCGUCCGCCUCGGCCGUUCCCGCUCCGCCAGGGCCUUACCGGGGGAGAGGGGACAGCGUGGGUUUGGAGCCGGAGAGUCUCCGGACGGGUCUGCAGCCACGAGCGCCCCAGGAGCCCCGCGCAGAAGAGCCCACGGAUCCUUCAUCUCUUUACUUCACCACAGCGCUGAAGCCUUCCUCUCUCGUCUCCUCCUCCUCCUCCUCCUCCUCCUCUUCCUCUGCUCUUGAUCCUGCCGCUGCAGACGGAGUCCUCAGGGAGCGUGCCCAGACGAUGCCCGGGUCGAGCCCGCAUCACACCAUCACCCUGAGAGAGACGCAUCCCCUGCCAGGAGAGAUGCCCACAGAUGCCCUGACCCUAGAGGCAGGGUCCUCCACUGGUGCCGCUGACACUUCCGCUACCACCAGUUUGCCCACCGGAGGGGUGGCAUCCAACACCGCGACUUACUCCAACGCCACGGAUCCAGCAGGCAACGGAACGGACGCCUCAGGGUCCUCUCAGCCCUCGUCGGUCCCAACGGUUCAGGGGGACGCGAUCAACAGCACACACACAGCGUCCGUCACCACGGACACCAACAGCACGGCGGGCGCGCCCUCUCCCGACGUCCGCUCGCACGCUAAAGGCUCCGCCCCCACCGAGGCCCCCUCCACGGCCAGCGGCAACUUCCUCAACAGGCAGGUCCCCGCGGUGACCAGCGGGCCCUGGGGCCCCGGCAACCAGUCGGGCCCCGCUCUGGACCCCUCGCACACCCAGGCCACCAUCUGCCUGAGCAAGAUGGACAUCGUGUGGGUGGUGCUGGCCAUCAGUGUGCCUGUGUCCUCCUGCUCCGUGCUCCUGACGGUGUGCUGCAUGAGGAGGAAGAAGAAGUCGUCCAAUCAGGAGAACAACCUGAGCUACUGGAACAACGCCAUCACCAUGGACUACUUCAACCGGCACGCUGUGGAGCUCCCGCGAGAGAUCCAGUCCCUGGAGACUGCAGAGGAGCAGGAGACCUUCCUGCCACCGAAUGGGGACUACAGUGACAGUGGAGUGGUGUUGGUGAACCCCUUCUGCCAGGAGACGCUCUUCAUCCACAGAGACAAGGCUUCGGACAUCUGAGAGACAGCAGGAAGAUGAAGGACGUCAGCCAUGUUGUGGCGUGAUCAAAAUAAGGAGC